AUGGCACAUUCAGUAAAAAUUUAUGAUACAUGUAUUGGUUGUACUCAAUGUGUAAGAGCUUGUCCUACCGAUGUAUUAGAAAUGGUACCUUGGGAUGGAUGCAAAGCUAGUCAAAUUGCUUCUGCUCCUAGAACAGAAGAUUGUGUAGGCUGCAAAAGAUGUGAAUCUGCUUGUCCAACAGAUUUUUUAAGUGUACGUGUUUAUUUGGGAGCUGAAACUACUCGUAGUAUGGGUCUAGCUUAUUAA